AUGGUGCACGCCAAAUCCAAGAAGACCGCAGGGUUGGGCAACGCCCUGAUGAACGAUCGCUUUGGCAAGGGUCGUGGCGCAGACAGGAAGAAGAGUACCAUCACCAGAGUGAACCACGCUACAGGAGAAGAGUACCUCACGAACGAGCGACAAGAAGCAUCAUGGGUCAAGAUGCGAUCAGUUACCGAGCAAGGCGCUCUUGACGAGUUCCUCGCGACCGCAGAGCUGGCGGGCACGGAUUUUACGGCGGAGAAAAUGAACAACGUCAAGAUCAUCCACACCGACCAAAAGAACCCGUAUCUGCUUUCUGGAGCAGAGGAAAGGGCCAUCAUUGGCAAGCAGAAGGCUCACAGAGGACGCUUGACAGUGCCAAGAAGACCAAAGUGGGAUGCGUCCACCACACCGGAGGAGCUGGACAGACGGGAGAGAGAAAGUUUCCUUGACUGGAGACGAGGCCUCGCCGAACUUCAGGAGAACAACGAUCUACUCAUGACGCCGUUCGAGCGUAACCUUGAGGUGUGGAGGCAGCUUUGGCGUGUCAUUGAACGAUCAGACUUGAUUGUUCAGAUCGUCGAUGCUAGGAACCCCUUGCUUUUCAGAUCCGAGGAUUUGGAGCACUACGUCAAAGACAUCGACUCGAAGAAGGAGAACCUGCUGCUGAUCAACAAGGCCGACAUGCUCACACUGAAGCAGCGCAAGAUGUGGGCAAAGUACCUGAAGGAGAACGGCAUUGCGUACAGAUUCUUCUCUGCGCAUCUUGCGAAAGAACUACUUGAGGCUAUGGAGAGCGAAGACGAGUCAGAGGAGGAAGAACCUGAGGCUGGCAGCAGCUCCAACGCUGCCACGAAGGAUGCCGCAUCCGCCAAGGACGAGAGCUCAGAGGAGGAUGAAAAUGAGCAAGAGAAGGACGACAAAGAGGACGGCGGCGCAGAGACCGCUCAGCCUGAGAUUUCGCAGCCGGAGGCUGAGGCUGACGUUGAUGACGAAGAUACGAGAAUUCUUACGGUGGAGGAGCUGGAGGAAAUCUUCCUCAGCCAUGCUCCCGAGAACGCAGCCGUCUACGGAAUCAAGAUCAAGACCCGCGCUAUCGAAGAGGGAGGCACUGGCACUCCUACGGCUCCGGAGUUGCUCCGCGCAUAUGCCAGAGCUAGAGGUUUCCAGACCCAAGGAUUGGGCCAGCCUGACGAGUCAAGAGCAUCUCGUUACAUCCUCAAAGAUUACGUUGCCGGAAAGCUCCUGUACUGUGAGCCGCCACCAGGAACAGUCGAGGGCCCAGAGUUCAACGCAGAGCUCUAUGACGAGACGCAUCUCCCUGAGAAGCGCCGUCGAGCCCUCAGCACGUCUAUGGACACCAUGUCCAUUGUGGACGACGAUAUUUCGAUAGCUCCCUCAGACCUAGCAGCUCUGCCGGCUGGUCCUAAGUCCAAGCAGAUCGACAAGGGUUUCUUUGGCCCCAACAGCAGUGGCGGUCACACCAAGAUGCCCUUCAGCCACAAGUACACGGAGCAGGGGCAGAAGCACUUGAGUGGAAGAAAGGCAAGAGCGAUGAUUGCUCUGGAAAGCGGAGUUGACCCCAAAGACGUGAAGCUGUCGUCCGGAAAGAAGCACUUUAAGGGAGGUCGGGAGGGGAAACUUUCAGGACUGACAAGUGGUGUUUGUGAGAUGUCGGUCAGGUUGGGUGCUGGAGACCAGGCAGGGAAGACAAGGAACUCCAGCAACUUGACGAUCUGCUAUCUGCAUCUCCCAACAUCCCAGCCAAAGGAAAAAGCCGCCAUGCCCGCUCAGAAGCAGAUCACGAAGCCAGAGGAGGCUGGCGAGUCUUCGACGUCCGCAGCCAAGAAGGCAUUGACUGCGGCGUCAAACGGCGUUCCUAAUUAUGAGCUUCCCUGGGUCGAAAAGUACCGCCCAGUCUUCCUUGACGAUGUUGUCGGAAACACCGAGACGAUUGAUCGCCUGAAGAUCAUUGCAAAGGAGGGAAACAUGCCGCACGUCAUCAUCUCGGGCAUGCCUGGUAUCGGAAAGACUACCAGUGUGCUUUGCCUGGCGAGACAAUUGCUCGGAGACACAUACAAGGAGGCUGUAUUGGAGCUCAACGCCAGCGACGAGAGAGGAAUCGACGUCGUCCGCAACCGCAUCAAGGGCUUCGCGCAGAAGAAGGUCACCCUGCCCCAAGGCCGCCACAAGCUCGUCAUCCUCGACGAGGCCGACAGCAUGACAUCAGGCGCUCAGCAGGCCCUCCGCCGGACAAUGGAAAUCUACUCCAACACGACGCGCUUCGCCUUCGCCUGCAACCAGUCCAACAAGAUCAUCGAACCGCUGCAGUCACGAUGCGCCAUCCUCCGCUACGCCCGACUCACCGACGAGCAGGUCGUCAAGCGACUGCUGCAAAUCAUUGAAGCUGAAAAGGUGGAAUACAGCGACGACGGCCUCGCGGCACUCGUCUUCAGCGCCGAGGGCGACAUGCGUCAGGCCAUCAACAACCUGCAGUCGACGUUUGCCGGCUUCGGCUUCGUGUCGGGCGACAACGUCUUCAAGGUGGUGGACUCGCCGCACCCGAUCAAGGUCCAGGCGAUGCUCAAGGCGUGCUACGAGGGCAAUGUCGACUCGGCGCUCGAAAGCCUGCGGGAGCUCUGGGACCUGGGGUACUCGAGCCACGACAUCAUCAGCACCAUGUUCAAGGUCACCAAGACGAUCCCGACGCUGAGCGAGCACUCCAAGCUCGAGUUCAUCAAGGAGAUUGGAUUCACGCACAUGAAGAUUCUGGAGGGCGUGCAGACGCUGCUGCAGCUGAGCGGCUGCGUUGCGAGGCUCUGCAAGCUCAACAUGGACCCCAAGAGGUUCGAGGCUCCCUCAAAAUGA